AUGUAUCUUAGAGAUCCGCCAACAAUAAUCGCUGCGGGUGAUUUGGAAUUGGACGCUGGAUUUCUGCUAGUUGGCAGGAAUUCUUUCAGAGUGACGGAACGUGAAGAAAUACACCUUCUCGACCGCAUUCCCGACAACAUCGAUCAGCCUCCUAAGUUAACUGAUGAUAGUCAGGAUAUGUCCUCUGCUCGUGACGAUGUGCUCGAAAAGACAUAUGGCGAUUUGAUCGAUAUUCCUAAAAUUGAACCGCAUCCAGAGCCACCUAAACCAAGUGCUGAAGAGCUUUCGCUACUGCAUUUUUUUAAAGGCGAGCUUUUCGGAGAAACAAAGCCUAGCGGCACACCAAAUCUGGACGAUUCUGGUGGCGACACACCUCAUGAUAUUCACGAUCCGAAGCCAGUAGAGAGCAGACAAGCUGAUACGCAACCAGCUCAUGAUCAUUUCCAUUCUACUCAUGGUGACGUGCCGUUUGAACCUGUCGGUCGUGGUGGAGUGCCUUUAGAUCAGUUGAUCGAGGACCAAGUAGCUGAGGUGCACGGCGAUGUGGAUGAAAUUCUGCACAGAGUACAGGAAAACGCCGAGACGAAACAUGACAUGCCUGGAGAUCGAUACGACGUACAUCACUCUCCAGACGAUUCCGACGCAGAUCAGCCCGAUUUCCGUAGCCGAACGCCCGACGUAGAGGAGUCAACGUUCAAUCGCCGUGGCCCACUAACUAUACCCGAAGUACCUGAAAAGGCGGAGAUUCUCAGCGAAGACAAUUUCAAUCUGGAUCAGCAUGAAGCAUUCCCAUCUCAUGUCUUCGGAACUCAACCACGUCCUCCAACACCACCGAAAGACAUAAGCGAGGAGAAUGUGAAGCCAUCGGCGUUUAGUUUGGCUCAUGGCUCACACGCUACCUCACACCCUCACCAUGAUGGUCUUCACUCGAUUCUGAAACAUAGCAGUCUGACACAAGGGGGAUCCAAGGAUCCAUGGAUUGAUUUUAAAACGAUGGAUCCUUACAGUAUGUUCAGUUUCGAUGUUUAG